AUGGCUCCACCGGCAGGUGGCAUCGCGGAUCCGGUGGGAUGGAGCCACCACGGCGCGGAUCCGGCGGAGAGGUCCUCCGGCGGCGGAUCCGGUGGGUUGGAUCCCGGUGGCGGUGGAUCCGUGGAUCUGACGGUUAGGAGCCCUUUGGCGGCAGGCUCCACGGCGAGCAACGCGGCGGCGGCGGGCUCCAUGGCAAGCUGUCUCUCGGUCAAUUGGCACUUAGCGAUGGAUUGGAGAUCAGCAACAGCAAGCAUAGAUUGCACACCAACUCACGGUGUUAGCUAUGUCGGGAUAGACGAGGCACCAGACCGCGCCUUGGACAUCGACAAUACCUGCCCGCUCGGCAGGGCAGUCUAUUGUGGGAGAGGGGACAAGAAGACGAAAAGGGGCAAAAGGUUCAACCAUUCAUAUGGCAAUGCGAGGCCACGCAACAAGAAGAAGGGAACUGGGCCUCCGCGGCUCUUUGCUCCUCCAGCGCCUCCAAGGAAAGACCAGUUCGAUGACGGGGAGAUCAUUUCAAUCGAGAUUGAUGAGGACAUCCUGGAAUAG